GAACAUCUUCACCAUGUUUGAAGAUUCCCGAGCCACGGAAUCAGAGACCAGCGGCAGUCCUGACACUUUCCGUGUCCGCCAAGUGACGUCCCAGUCGGAAGUGUCUCUUAUGCUAGAGUGGGUAGCGGCCGAAGGAUGGCGCCCGGGCGUGUAUGAUGCAGAAAGCUACUACCGCCAGGAUCCUACAGGUUUCCACUUGGCUGAGGUUGAUGGUGUGCCGGUAGGGGGAGUCGCGCUGGUUAAAUACGGUGAGAACUUCGCCUUUGGGGGCAACUUGAUCAUGAAGCCUGCCUUCCGCGGUAAGGGAUAUGCACGGAGGAUGGCUAGGGUCGUGAUGGAAGCAUCAGACAUGUCUGACAGAAACAUCGGGUUAGAGAGUAUGGUCGAUUUGCAGGAUGCUUACAGUAGGGUCCUUGGAGUCCAGUUUGCAUGGAAAAACACCCGAUUUCGAGGGGUUGGCAGCAACACCUUCACGGGUGUCAAACAAGACGACAAUCCGGCGGCUCUUGUUCCUGUCAAAGAGGUGGACUUCGAGCAUCUCUGUGUGUUCGAUGCGUCAGUGUUUGGCACGCCGCGACCAGCUUUUCUGAAGAGUUGGAUCUCGCAGCCUGGCAUGGUCGCCCUGGCCGCUGUAACAACCACUCCGGCUGGUGAAGACGACGAGCACAGACAGGAGACCAGGAUUGCCGGCUACGGCUGUAUUCGACUGAGCGUCGAAAGCUACAAGGAUGUCAACUUUUCCCGUAGAAUCGGCCCCAUCUUUGCCGAGUCUGCAGCGGUUGGUUCGCAGCUGUUUGCCGCCCUGGUAGCCACUGUACCGCCGGGAGUUCCUUACUACAUCGACGUUCCUGAGACAAACGAAAGCGCCAUGAAGCUUGCCAGGGAAUCCGUUUUAGAGUCGGUAUCCCAGACGGCACGUAUGUUUACCAAAGGCGAUGGAGGAGUCAAAUGUAGCAUGGUCUACGGUAUCACCACUUUAGAACUUGGUUAACACUGAAAUAUGCCGAGGUCAGAUAUUUAGCAAGUACUCUAGCACGCAUACUUUCUGGGGAUAUGUUGGUCGCUAU